UCCGUUGCGCAGCCGUAAGUUUGCGCUUCGCAAGAAACUCAAGACGAUUUCUCCACGCAGACCUUCCCAACACCUGCGCCGGCUAUGCUCUAUUACACCGGACAACAUGGGGCCAUUCCACAGUUCAGCCAUUGCGGGCCUCCAGCACACCAUUAACAUGGACGGCAGGGACGAAUUCAAUGAGGACAGCGAGUGCCACAGCCAUAACUCCCAGGAAUUCCCGGAGCAGGAUAGUGUCUCAGAAGACAGUGAUAGUGACCUUGACCGCCGUGGAGACGACUCUUCCUCCAACGCCUCAGCGGACGACCACAUGACCACCAAGAGAACACAGUGCCGCUUACAAGGAGCGGGAGUCAAGGAGGAGAGUGACGACGGGACGGACAGAAGCAACAACUUUGUUUGUCCUCUCUGCACGCUGGAGUUCAGCAGCCCAGAGAAGCUCAUCUCUCAUGUCUACCAGCACACGACCAUCAUGAGCAGCACCAAGAGCUACGUGUGCCCGGUGUGUGGGCGAGCGCUCAGCUCCCCUGGCUCUCUGGGACGCCAUCUUCUCAUCCACUCCGAGGACCGCCUGUCCAACUGUGCCGUCUGUGGCACGCACUUCACCGACACCAACAACUUCAACAGGGAAAAGCUCAAAGAGCUCCUCAACACGAGCCCGUCGCUCCCUUCCAUCCCAGACAGCCUGACCUCCUCUUCCUCCUCUUCCAGCCUGCCUCCCAUCCCAGACAUCCUGAGCCCAAUGCCGGUGUACCCCGCCGGGGUCUUACUGGUGUGUAACAGCUGUGUGGCCUACCAGCAGCUCAUGGGCUCCCAGUCUCCCAUGAGGAAGUGGGCCCUGCGGAGGAAGAACGAGCCGCUGGAGGCCCGCAUGCAGCGGCUCGAGCGCGAGCGCACGGCGAAGAAGACUAAACGCGCAUGCGAGACAGAUGAGGAACGGGAGAUGAGGCGGCUGCGGGACCGUGAGGCCAAGCGGAUGCAAAGGUUGCAAGAGACGGAGGAGCAGCGCGCUCGCCGGCUGCAGCGGGACAGGGAGGCCAUGCGACUGAAGAGGGCCAACGAGACACCCGAGAAGCGGCAGGCCCGGCUGAUCAGGGAGCGGGAGGCCAAGAGGAUCAAACGACGGCUGGAGAAGAUUGACCCGUCUCUGAGGACGCAGAUAGAGCAUGACCCCGCUGCCAUGGCUGCCCUGACCGCAGACAUGAGCCUCUUUCAGUUCCCCUGCCCCAUGCCUGUCCCCUCCAUCGACAACAGCUUGUUCAUGAAGCUGCCCUAGUUCAGACGUGGCUGUGCCAGGCGCCAAACAAACUCGUGACGCCACUACAGACUCUCGCACUCCGCCAAUCACGACACCACGGUCACAGAGAAUCACUCCCUGCUGGUUUACCUGCAGCUUCCUCUGUGUCAGCAACCAGAUACACAAACUGCUUUGUUAAAUAGAAUUAAAAAAAAAAAACUCAAUUUAAUUUAUUACAGUGUAAAGGAACUUCAAAACAGGGUUGAGAAUGUUCCAUCUCGUGUGGAUGGCGAUUUAAAAAGCAUGUUGUAAAGAGAUUUAUCUGUUCGUAGGUGGGCUCGUAGAAUGAGCACAGCUCAUGUCAGUAGGAGCAGUUACACACUUCCAUUGAGGAGAAUCUUCUUUUUUUUUUUUUUUUUUGCACAUGGGCCUUCAGCGAUGGGAGCAGGGACUUGUAGCCGUAGCCCCCCUCCUUUGUGGUCCACUCCACCAGCCCGGUGGUUUCGGGUUUACCGGUAGCUACACCUCUCUUUUCUAGCUGCCAUUUAGGGUCUCCAUGUUGAAUCCCACAUACACCCAAACAACUACCUCAGCCGGGGCCGAGGUCGGGCCCUCUGUCCUCUGUGGCUUAACUGCGUUCCGACUCCAAGCUUCCAAAGCUCUUCAUGUACUGUACACUACUAAAAGAAGAUGCGGGUUGUUUUCCAUGGUUUGUUUUUGCAUUCAUCGCUCAGACACUUUUUUAAUAGGAUCAAAAUAUUGAUGGGGAACAUUUGACGAACCAACACAUUUCCUUAUCAGACCACAAAGUGAAUGUUUUGUCCUGUUGAACCACCC